ACGACGUCGUCUAAUAACCAAUAACAGUCAACCGGCAAAAACCCUUGAAACUCCUCCGUGUUGUUGUUUCUCGAGAGGAACUUGAGAGAGGGAGGAUGGAGAUAGAGAGCUACGUGGUGGUGCAUAAUAUAGCGAAGAGGCACAACGUCGGCACACUCGCAAGGAGUGCGACGGCGUUCGGAGUGACCGAGCUCAUACUAGUUGGCCGCAGAGACUUCAACGCAUUCGGCUGCCACGGCUCCACCUCCCACGUCCGCUUCCGCCACUUCCAUUCCCUCAACGACGCCCGCCUCUUCCUCAAGGAGAAGAAUUGCGACAUUUGCGGUGUUGAAAUUACUGAUGGUGCUUUGCCUGUUAACGACCAUCCCUUCAAGAGGAGCACUGCGUUCCUCCUUGGCAAUGAGGGCACUGGACUUUCUGCUAAAGAAUGUGAGAUAUGCGAUUUUUUUGUUUAUAUCCCUCAGUAUGGCUCCGGCACUGCUUCGUUGAAUGUUACUGUUGCGGCUUCUAUUGUACUCCAUCACUUCGGAGUCUGGGCAGGCUUCUCCGAGAGGACGCGUGAUGGAAACAAGUUUAUUGUGGCUGAGAGACCCGUGAAACAAGGGCGACGUAAUUAUUGUGCGGAGACAUCCGAUUCUGUCAUUGAGGAGAGGAAAUUAAAAAAAGAAAACGGUUCCAAUGCUUUCUUUGAUGAGAGCAAGAGUGGUGAAUCAUCUUCUAAUAUGCUGGAUGUGUUAUUUGGUGGUGAUUGAAUCAAAACAAGAUGUAGUUUCUCCUUGACUGACACAAAACUUUGGCUCUGUGGACAUGGGUUUGCAUUCACCUACGACUGUGAAGACGACUGUGAUGAGGUCAGACAUAACGGUUUGUUACUCAUGAGUUAAUCAUUAGGCAGUUACUGGAACUACUAAGGACCUUAGGUGGAAUUGCAUCAGUCUUGUUGGUAUGCAAGUGUACGGGGGAAAGCCAGGAGGAUUAGGUGAUGUUGUAACCUUAUUUUUUGUUUUGGGUAACUGAAUCCAUUGAUAAUUUAUCCUAUUCCUAUUCAAAUCUGAAAGCAAAUUCGAGCUUUGAGCCUA